AUGUCUCGUCCUGGCAGGAACUCCAGUAAGUGGCUCACUUAGUCAUGCAUUUUUAUUUUGUGCAGGGUAAUUAAUCUGCAGGCGGGUUCCAUAAUCUGAAGUCCUCAGGUUCUGUUUUGCGGGUCUCUGCUAAAUCCUCUUUUCCUUGCUGCCCAGUGUAGUUGCCUGGAUAAUCUUCAGAGUGAUGCAUCCUUCUUUUAUUCUAGAAAAUUUAAUUUAACUACAAAGGGUGGAUAUGCUAGAGAUUUACAAUACAUGAACAGUAUGGAGAGACUAGAAAGGGGUUUGUUUUUUCCUCUCCUUUGCAUAAUUCUAUAACCUUGAAGCCACCUAAUAAAAAUAAUUGGAAGCAAGAGAGGCUAAUGAAAGUAUUAUUUUCCUUCAUGUAUUUAGGAAAGGGCUCAGUGAUGGAAUGCAAGCUUUGUCUGCAAAACGAUCCAGUUCAUUAAAAAAAAUUAUUUAUAAUCCUCAAUUUUCUACAUUUCAGUAAUUUUACAAUCAUUUUAACAUUUUGAAACUCGACUUCCUUCUUUCUGUGGGUCCUUAAUUAUUUUAUAUUUUUAGUAUUUUCUGCAUAUUCCAAAUUAACUUAACUUAAUCAUUUAUUCAUCUACUUUAAGUGCAUACUCGUAUAAAACCGCAGGUCAUUACAAUAAUCCUGCCAAUGUUCUUAUCUGUUUACAGUUUGUAAAUAUUCAAUAAACCAUUUCCAUCCCCCCCCCCAAAAAAAGUUUGUUAUCUUGAUUUCUUAUAUUUCUGGUAAGUUUUCCUGUUUCUGCGUAUCCCGUAAGUUUUUGUAUACAUUCUGCUUUCAUCGGGACUUCUUCUUCUUUCCAUUUUUGGGCAAAUCACAUUCUUGCCACUGUAGUCACAUACAUGAAUAAAUUUCUAUACAGUUUGGGUAGUUCCGUCACUAUAAUUCCCAAAAGAAAAGCUUCUGCUUCCCCCCCCCUCAACAAAUAUUAUUUUAAACAUCUUUUUCAAUUCAUUAUAUAUCAUUUAACUCACUCUGGGUGGGGCUGCCCUUGAAGCUGACCCAGAAACUCCAGCGGGUGCAGAAUGCUGCGGCGAGACUCCUUACAGGGUCCUUGCUGUGGGGUCACAUUCACCCAGUGCUAUACCAGCUGUACUGGCUCCCAGUGGAGUACAGGAUCAGGUUUAAGUGCUGGUUUUAACCUUUAAAGCCCUAUAUGGCCUAGGACCCUCGUACCUACGGGACCGCCUCUCCUGGUAUGCCCUGUGGAGGACCUUACGGUCUGCAAAUAAUAACACCCUGGAGGUCCCAGGUCCCAGGGAGAUUAGACUGGCCUUGACCAGGGCCAAGACCUUCUUGGCCAUGGCCCCAGACUGGUGAAAUGCUCUGCCACAAGAGAUCACUUUAGAGCUCCAUGUCUAAGCGCUCCUUCUUUUGCCCUGGAGAUUUCCCCAUGAAAACCUGCUCUUUAAAGCUGUAUCGGUGCAAACAGCAACCCACAGAAAAACUGAAUUGCUGCUUGUUGUGCUUCAGGUUUAAAGAGGGGUGUUUUUUGUGAGGAAAGCAAGAAAAGAGCACUCAGACAUGGAGCUUUAAAGUGUGAAAAUGUGCCUGGAAAGUGGGGGAGGGGGGAGGUAAGUGUGGAUAAGCCCACAUACCUGUAAAAAAAAUUUUUUUGAGGACUCCUCCAGGCAGGUAUUUUACCAUUAGCUAAAGUGGUGCUUCAGGUUAGGAACAGUUUCUGGUUAAGAAUGGACCUCCAGAACGAAUUAAGUAUUUAACCUGAGGUACCACUGUAGUUCUUUUAUCAACUUUUAAUUCUUACAGAUGUCCAUAAGUAUACACAGAGCCUUCGCGUUGCUCUUGGGACUGCCUGUGCUGUGAUUCUCCUCCUCACUCUGGCUGUACUAACGCUGAUAGUUUUGGGUGAGUAAUUGAGUGCUUAAUGUUUGGUUUCGCCAAGAAUAUUUGCAAUCCUGUGCAAGUCACCCCCCGUUGAAUUUAGUAGCGUUUGCUCCCAGGUGGGAAUAGGAUUGCAGCCUGAGAGUGUGAAUACAAAUAACAUUUCCUGGCACAGUCCAGUAAAAGUUGGCCAUCCUGGAGUCAUCCUGGAAGGCUACUGUUACUCUGCUUUUCGUCAAAGGCACCUUAGCAGCUGGUGAAUAGAAAAUAGUGUGGGCAUUUCAAAAAAUAUUUAUUUAUUUGAGAAACGGAUUUGUAUUCCAUUUGUCCAAAAUGUUCGGGUUAAUUUGCGAAAACCAUACACGUAAAGAUAGCAUAACAAUAAACCAUAUGAAAAAACGCACACAACAACAAAUGAAGCAGCAAAGAAAACAUGCACACGCAAAAGCUGCGAUCCUUUGCCUAUUUACAAGGAUCAGAAAUAAAAUCCACUGAAUUCAGUUGGAUAAAAACUACAGUUUCAGAUCCAUCUGUGACCGUAACCUGCCAUGCCAACAUGCUAGGUGGCUUCUGUUACCACAGAAGAAUAUAAAAAAGUUUGCUGGAUCAUCUAGUGCAGCAUCCUGUUCUCACUGUGGCCAACCAGAUGCCUGCUGGAAUAUUUUAUUAUUCCUAUGACUGCUCCUUAAUGCCCUGCUUGUUUUGUCCCAACAGCAGGAUUCCUCAUCAUUGGUUGACAGGUUUGUUGUUGCUGUUUAGUCAUUUAGUCGUGUCUGACUCUUCGUGACCCCAUGGACCAGAGCACGCCAGGCACUCCAAACAUAUAUAUCUGUCAGGGAACUGCCAUCGGCUCAGGGGCGAGAGGGGGAAAACGGAUGGAUUACAGAGAGCCCCCAAAGAACGUGGGAAGCAGCACUUCCUCAGUGGAGGAAGGAAGCCACGGCUCUAGUGGGGAGGAGAUGCAGGGCUCGGAGGAUGCAAGGUGGUGCCAGGACACCUUGCCUGACAAAGCAGGGAGGAGGGAGGUCCCCCUUUACCCAAGCCUUCCUUGCGCAGUAGUCUUCCGCGCAGAGAGGAGAGGCACAGGCUGGGGGUCAAGAGACUACUCUGCUGGGGAAGAUUUAAGGACCGCCCACUCUCAGAUUCUGCCAGUGAAUGAGCAAGACAUGGAAUAGAGGCACUCUGCAUUGUAAAGGUUUUUAGCACCAAUAAUAAAGCUCUAGAACAGACCAGUGAGGCAUCUUGCCUGAUUGCUCUCGAGCAACCACCCGAUAGCCAUAACAGUAUCCUAUGCCUUCAUGAAUUACAUUUGGCUAUGUAACCAAACAUAGCUGAUUUUCUUAAGGAAAUCAGCCCUGAGUGCUCACUGGAAGGACAGAUCGUGAAGCUGAGGCUCCAAUACUUUGGCCACCUCAUGAGAAGAGAAGACUCCCUGGAAAAGACCCUGAUGUUGGGAAAGAUGGAGGGCACAAGGAGAAGGGGACGACAGAGGACGAGGUGAUUGGACAGUGUUCUCGAAGCUACCAGCAUGAGUCUGACCAAACUGCGGGAGUCAGUGGAAGACAGGAGUGCCUGGCAUGCUCUAGUCCACGGGGUCACGAAGAGUCGGACACGACUAAACGACUAAACAACAACAACAACAACAACAACAACAACAACAUGCCUUCAUGAAUUACAUUUGGCUAUGUAACAAAACAAAAUGGCUAUGUUUCUUUUCCUGUGCAAGAAAAACAAACUGUAUCCCAACAGUUACCCAUAACAACGCAACACUAUAAAAUGUAUUUAGUUUUGCAGCCUAAAGAAAGACCAGAGGACACCACCACCAUCACCAGCGCCACUGACUCUGAAUUUAAGCUACAGCUGAAACGCUAUAUGUGCAGCUCUCUAAGCCACAGCGGAACAGGUAACCUCAGCCACUCAUGGAUGACUCAUGCUUUGUGUAUGUGUACCAGAAACACUGUCUGGACGUCAGCCACUUGCAUCUUCCAAAUGAGACUUACUAUUAAAACACCAUUUAAAAGUUUUACUUUUAAAACAUGACACAGAAUUCAGAUGUAUUGACUUCCGCAUCCUCCCAGAAGGGCUGCUCAAAUUAAUUCUCAGCCUAAGUGAUUAUGCUGUGGUUCGCAAAUGUCUUUUCAUAUCUCUGUAAUGAAAAGAACCUUGCAGGCUUCAUUAACCUGCAAACCCCAGGAUAUCCAGGUGCCAAUGGGAUGUUUACAUAGUGCUGCCUUCUGUGUAAUGGCCAGUGUGCUUCUAGUUAUGCCCUGGUCAGAAGGGCUGCUAGGUUCAGUCCUUUCCCAGAUGUGUGUUAGCAACUCUCCACAGUUGACAAAUGUUUCACUUAUACACGUUCUAGGAGUCUUGUGAAUCUUUAGAUGUUGGCAAUAGUGUACCUUGGCAGAUUUCCCUAGUAACUCUCUCUCACACAGCUUUUAAAAAUGGAGAUAUUUAUUAAGCACACACACAAUCAAAACAUACACAUUUCAACACUUCCGUGGGAAUAGCUCAGCAUUAAUACGCAACCAUUAACAUCAGUGGGGGUAGUUCAGUCACAACAUACACUAAAUAACCCUAAGUUAUGUUAAACUAACACACAACAUACAGAUAAGGAGCAAGCAAACAAGGUGUAAGAUGUGAUAGAGGGUGUAAAGUUCAGCACAACUCUAGCCUGUUCUCCCUCCCUGGGCUCACUUUGCAGCCUAGGCCUCAGCUAGGUGCAGCUGGACAUGGAAGACCAGAGGGUGGUUUCUAAAACAGUUACACACACACACACACACACGCUCAAAGGUAGGAAGAGGAAGCAGGUGUGGAGGCUACCUAACUUUCCUUUGGAAAACAGGAUGGGAUGAUUGCUUUGGCGGACGAUACUGAAGAAUUGGAACUGAGGCAUGUUGAAACUGUUGCUGCAAGUUAAAACAUGAUAUAUAUUAAAAGGGAAAUUCCUGGAUGCCAAGAUCCAAGUUUGGGGCAAAGUAAAGUCUGGAAAAAUAGGCUGUUAGACCUCAAAAAUAUGUCUUUCCAACUGCGUUCCACAAAAGUCCUAUCUUCCCUCAGCAUAGGAAAAAAAUCACAUGUUUACAGUGGUGCCUCGCAAGACGAAAUUAAUCCGUUCCGCGAGAGUCUUCGUCUAGCGGUUUUUUCGUCUUGCGAAGCAAGCCCAUUGACGGAUUAGCACUAUUAGCGCUAUUAGCGGUUUAGCGGCUAUUAAAGGCUUAAAGGCUUAGGGAUUAGCUGCUAAAAGGCUAUUAAAGGCUAUUAAAGGCUUAGCAGAUUAGAUAAAGGGGGAAAGCGAAAAAAAAUCUCAAGACUCGCAAGGUAUUUUCGUCUUGCGAAGCAAGCCCAUAGGGGAAUUCAUCCUGCGAAGCAACUUCAAAACGGAAAACCCUUUCGUCUAGCGGUUUUUCCGUCUUGCGAGGCAUUCGUCUUGCGGGGCACCACUGUAGUAUGUUAGAAAUGGUUUCCUUACAAACUCUUUAAAGGUCAGGUUCAUGUUCCUUUCCAUAUACCACUCAGAAAGGCACAGGCAGUAAAACUUAAUCUAGUUCCAAAGUGGUGAAAGUUCAUAAAUUAUUGGUAUAGGAGCACAAAAUUGGCUUGUGAGUGUCAUGCAGCCAGGCUAGAGCAACCAGCUUAGCCUCUUCACACGCUGAGUUCAUCAGUAGUGGCAUAGCUUAGGGAGGGCCAGAGGGGUGUUGGCCCCGGGUGCAUUUCCUCCUCACGCAGUCUUGCAGCAUCACAAAGGCAGCAUGAAGUCAGGUUCCGAUGUAGUUUCUUCUCAAAAGAGAUUGAAAUACUUAACUAGUAUCUGAGACCACUUGGGAUUCUACACGUUACUCAAAACUCCUGGGAAGUUUAUUUACUGAAAUAAAUAAAGCUCCCCUUUGCAAUGAGACAUUUGUACUAUGCAAUAAAUUCUCAGAUUCUCCCAUGAGGGGGGGAAAUAAGAGCAUCCAUUUACCCAUGGAAAUUGUUAGGUUUCUGUUUAUUGCCACUGUGCAGUGCUUGGAGUCACAAGACUCUGUUUACAUUCCAGACUGUUGGAAGUCUCACAGGAGACGGGAGACGGAUGUUUAUAUUACUGGUUUCCUGUUCCUUUGUCCCAGUUGCCUCUCGGCUCUCACAGAGAGAGGAUGUGUAUUUCUUUUCUGUCUGCGUAGUUAGAAAUAAAACUCUUAGCAUGUAGAGUGUCCUUCCCUGCUGCUUGGACACUCUGCAUAAUGAGGGAACGUGCCUGGAGCCUCAUCAAAGGCUCAGGUCGUUAAUCACAUCGGAGGGCUCGACCGGAGGAGUAGCUUGGUCGAAUGCAAGUCAGACAGAAAUAUUCUGCCUCUUGGUUUCCCUCUCUACCACUAGACGAUGCCCCAAACUGCAAAAUAUGCCCCAAUGACUGGGAACUGCACAGGAACACCUGCUACUGGAUCUCUCAAGAGCAAAAAACCUGGACCGAGAGCCAAGAUGACUGCAAAGGAAAGAACUCCACCCUGCUUGUGAUUUGGGACCAGCAGGAGAUGGUAAAUAUGCAGCUUAUGAGAAAAGACUAGCCACACAGGGAUCCAGUGAAGCAAAGCCCACAAGAGAGUGAGACUUCUGGCCAGGGAUGUGGGACCUGUGGUCCUUCUAUUGUUGGACUUCAGCUCCCAUAAGUCCUAACCAUCCGUCAAGAUGCUUUAUUCCUCAACAGCACGUGUAACUUUGCUUAAUAACAUUUGUAAUAGAUCUUGUAAGUGUCCAGAGGGCAUUACAUGCAAUAUCCAAUUGUAAUCUUUAUAGCAACCUUUUUAAAUGCGCAAUAUUAUUAUGUUCCGUAGUGCAUUUGGAAGACUAGAGGCUCAGAGGGUAGCUUGCCUAAGGCCACCUAGUGUGUUCAUGUUAUGGCAGAGGUGAAAUUUGAAAUAUGGACUUCCUGGUUCAGAUUCCAUUCUCUUCACCCUCCAAUGGUGUGUAUAAAAAGUAGCAAAAAAAUGCACUUAAAUUGCAAUCCAUCCAUCCAAUCCCUUGAGCCUUGCUGUCAAUCCUGCCUUGCCUAAAAGCUGCUUUAGCCAGCCACUGCUGAAACCAGAUACACAUCUCUACAAUAUUAAAUACACAUUAGUUAAAAUGCAUGCAAAUUUGUACAGAAGGAGCUUUUACACACAUACAGAAGUAGGGGACCCCGCUCCUUUCCUCAGUUGAAACUGGGUCAGUUGAAGAUGGCUAAGGAGCAGGAUCUAAUGGUUAGACCACAGAGCCUAGGACUUGCCAAUCAGAAGGUUGGUUGUUUGAAUCCCCAUGACGGGGUGAGCUCCCAUUGCUCGGUCCCUGCUCCUGCCAACCUAGCAGUUCAAAAGCACGUCAAAGUGCAAGUAGAUAAAUAGGUACUGCUCCGGUGGGAAGGUAAAUGGUGUUUCCUUGUGCUGCUCUGGUUCGCCAGAAGCAGCUUAGUCAAGCUGGCCACAUGACCUGGAAGCUGUACGCCGGCUCCUUCGGCCAAUAAAGUGAGAUGAGCGCCGCAACCCCAGAGUCGGUCACGACUGGACCUAAUGGUCAGGGAUCCCUUUACCUUUACCUUUAAGGAGCAGGAUGUAAAGCAAUGUAGAGUUCCAUAGAAAUGAAGCUGAUGGAACUGAGCAUGAGCUGUUAAUACAAUGGUCAGAAUGGCAGCAUCCAGUGCUAUUUUUAUAGAAAAACAGGAGCCAGAACUCACCAUGAAGACCUCCCUUGUUUUCUUAUCAUGGUAACGGUGCCCACCUGAGAGGUGCCAGAACUGAGGUCCGGCAAGUUCCAGCUGAAAAAAAAGCCCUGGCAACACCCUUGUCUGUUCCAUUAUAGGCAAUCAUAAAGAAUUUGACAAAGGAAACCUCGUAUUGGUUGGGACUCAAAACAGCCAGACUCUCUGAAGAGUGGACCUGGGAAUGGGUUGAUGGAUCCCCUUCAAGGAAGAACUGUGAGUAG